UCCGUACUGGUGAAAUCACUUGACCGCUAGUUGGCAGGUCAUAUGACAGAACAGACGUCUUGCGACACCUUCUCGUCUGACAAACAGCGUGUUGUAGCAGUUCGCCAAUACAAUGAGGCUGGUCAUUCUGGAUGAGUAUGACCUGGCCAGUGAGUGGGCAGCCAAAUAUAUCCGCAACAGAAUCAUCCAGUUCCAGCCCUGUGCUGAGAGAUACUUCACUCUGGGUUUACCCACAGGGAGUACUCCAUAUGGCUGUUACCAGAAGUUAAUAGAAUACUACAGAAGUGGAGAUAUCUCAUUUAAAUAUGUGAAAACCUUCAACAUGGAUGAAUACGUUGGUCUGCCUCGUGCUCAUCCAGAGAGCUAUCACUCCUACAUGUGGAACAACUUUUUCAAGCACAUCGACAUCGAUCCGGCCAAUGCUCACAUCCUGGAUGGAAACGCAGAGGACCUGGAGGCUGAGUGUCAGGCUUAUGAGCAGAAGAUCGCAGAAGCUGGAGGAAUCCAGCUGUUUGUAGGAGGUUUAAUGCAUGUUCACAAUAAACUGGUGGACCCAGUGCUCAGCAUAAAGGACCAGUAGAACAGAGAUCACUAAGGGAGAGGACUCCUGGAUCCUACGUGAGCAGACAGCCCUAUCACUCCGGACCACUCUGGUACUGUUCUCCACCUGAGGAACUGUGGAGCCGCUGUUUGAGAGCUUAUUGUUUACUGUUAGACUUGAACUGCCUUUGGACAAUGUUACCUUCAGAUUAUUCAGAUCAUUAAAGGAGAGGUAAAUGAUCAGGUAUCUUGCAUUUUGAUGUAAUCAUGAAACCGCUGCACUCAUCAACAGUGCAGGUUUAGCACUUUGCAUUUAAAAGAUGAUACCAGUGACUUAGUUUAAUCUCUGCUGGUGGUCUAGGUUGGCCCUGUUCUUUUGUUUUUCAGAAGGUUAGAUUGAAAGUCAUGACAGUAAACAUUUGGCCUUUAUUUUGUUUUGGUGAAUUAAUCAGCACCAUAUACUGUAUAUCUCAUAACUUUUCUUUCUGUUACAGGUUUUUCAUCAAUGAUUAAUCCCCUAAUUAGCGAUAGCCCGCAGGCAGCAGAUACCACAUGUUUAUUGGUAAUGUCUUUUACACAAGUGAGUGUUUAUGGAACUGACUUAGCUCAAAUGUAAUGAAAAGUGACCUUUGACGUUGGUCACACUGUUGCUUUUGCAUUUCUGUAUCCAAGGAGUGUGAACCGUAGUGGCUGCCUGCCGGACACUAGAGUCAACACACAACAUUUCACGUGUUCCAAUACAACACGCUGUUUAAUGUCACAGAAUAAUCUCACCUCAAGGUACACAUAUUGGCUUUUUACUGUAUCUCAGGUUGUCACAGUAGGGAGCUCCAUCACCGAUAUAUGUAUUGCCAAGGAUUUGUUAUAUUACAAAGACUUAUGAAGCAACUGCUAGUGUGAUACGAUUCACCCAGGGUUCCCACGUGUCCCACAGCCCCUCACUAAGAUCGCCUGCAUAACCUAGGUGCACAUGUAGUUUGAAACUAGAUUGUUGGUGUGUUGACACUUUUGCACAGGUUUACCAGCUGCAAAGUUGAAGUGAGUUGCAGCGAUCUUUUUCAUUUCAAGUCUAUUUUUCCAGAGCUGUGAGUGAAAUUCUCAGUCAAUUUGCUUGAAACCGCAGCUUACCGCAGACUGCUAUGAGUGCUGUCCUGUUUUGUCAACAAGAACUCUUGGAAAAUGAUUUGUGAAAAAGAGUGGGAACCCUGUUCACCCCUAUUCUGAUGCAGUGCCAUUUGAUUUAACACAAUACGAUAUCAUGCAAAAGAAUAUGAUGCUAUACAAUUGAAUAUGGUACAUGGAGAGUGUGAUUUGAUAUGCAAUUAUUGGUCACAUUUCUGCACAAUAAAGGCACAGGGCCCCUUCCAUUAAUUAUAUAUGAAUAAAUUAUCCCAUGCACCCUUUUUUAAUGAUCACAUCUUAACAAUCACAUCUAGAACUUUCAUGCAAAUCAGUGAAUCUUAUCGUUUCCCCGUUGUCAUCCCAGAUACGGAACUUCAAUCACAUGAUAACGGGGUCGUAUAUGGAGGGAGGUGGUAACUUUUCAGUAACCUUUUCGCAGUGCACGCUGUGUGCGAGUUUUGGUGUUCACAGAACGCUGAUGUUUGCGGGAUGUUGUGACCUGUGGUUGAAAGCUCCAAACAAGAUUGUAAGUGAACCUUGAGUUGAGAUUAUUUUGUAUCAGUGUUUCCAUCAGGUUAUUUUGCCGCGCAUUGUGAAGUAUCGCAUUAGAAAAUGCUGAUGGAAAUGGCAGAAUUAGAAAAUUACUUUUUGCCUUUUUCGAAAAAGAGUUCAACAUCUGUAGACUACUGUUCUGUGCGUGCAAAGUGAUGGUUAACUGUCAGUACUGUUGUAGUAUCAGAAACAGUGUUAAGUAGAACUUGAUGACAUUAUUUACCCCAGUGACUAUCAGUUUAUUACUGUCAAAGUUCCUGUCGAAUGCAGCAGCAUCUAGAUUCAUGAUUCCUCUGUUCAAACACUUGUAUAGUCUGUAACGAUUGAUCAGGUUCCAUCUUCAGUGUUUGGUUACAACAUUCCUUUCUUGGUUUUCUCAUUCUAAUGACACUCCUGUUGAUCAGGCUGUUACAGUUCUGACUUCUACUCAUUGUUUUUGUACAUACACUGUAGUUUUUAACUCUUUAUUUUCUAACAACAAUAAAAAACACUUUGUUUAGAAUCCUUAGCUUUAUACUUAUCUUUUAUGAAACAGGUAUUUAACAUUAAAGGGUAAUGACAU